CUCCUUUUUAAGCGCCUCCCGCCUAGCCUGAGCUCCCGCUCUCGGCGCUGCUCCCUCGUUCCCCGCCUUCCUUAUCUCCCCGGCUCCGCUCGGUUCUCGCGGCCACCCCGCAGCCCCAGCGCAGGUGCCAUGGCCGCUAUGUACCGCCCCGGCCUGCGGCUUAGCUGGCACAGGCUGAGCCCCUGGGGUUGGUCGUCACGGUGUAGCAUCCAGACGCUGCGAGUCCUCAGCGGAGAUCUGGGCCAACUGCCUGCUAAGGUUCGAGACUUUGUGGAGCACAGUGCCCGCCUGUGCCAACCAGAGGGCAUCCACAUCUGUGAUGGGACUGAGGCGGAGAACACUGCCACACUGGCCCUGCUGGAACAGCAGGGACUCAUCCGAAAACUCCCGAAGUACAACAAUUGCUGGCUGGCCCGCACAGACCCCAAGGAUGUGGCACGAGUAGAGAGCAAGACGGUGAUUGUAACUCCUUCUCAACGGGACACGGUGCCCCUCCCGGCUGGUGGGGCCCGUGGGCAGCUGGGCAACUGGAUGUCCCCAGCUGAGUUCCAGCAAGCUGUGGAUGAGAGGUUUCCAGGCUGCAUGCAGGGCCGAACCAUGUACGUGAUUCCGUUCAGCAUGGGUCCCGUGGGCUCCCCACUGUCCCGCAUCGGAGUGCAGCUCACGGACUCUGCCUACGUGGUGGCAAGCAUGCGGAUUAUGACUCGGCUGGGGACACCUGUGCUCCAGGCCCUGGGAGAUGGCGACUUUGUCAAGUGUCUUCACUCUGUGGGCCAACCCUUGACUGGGCAAGCCCCUGACACCCUGAUGCCUGAUGCCCCUGCCAGCAGCCCCAUGAAUCCAUUGUCCCCAGGGGAGCCGGUGAGCCAGUGGCCAUGCAAUCCAGAGAAAACCCUGAUUGGCCACGUGCCUGACCAGCGGGAGAUCAUCUCCUUCGGCAGCGGCUAUGGUGGCAACUCCCUGCUGGGCAAGAAGUGCUUUGCCCUUCGCAUCGCCUCUCGGCUGGCCCGGGAUGAGGGCUGGCUGGCGGAGCACAUGCUGAUCCUGGGUAUCACCAAUCCAGCAGGGAAGAAGCGCUAUGUGGCAGCCGCCUUCCCCAGUGCUUGUGGCAAGACAAACCUGGCCAUGAUGCGGCCAGCACUGCCAGGCUGGAAAGUGGAGUGUGUGGGGGAUGACAUUGCCUGGAUGAGGUUUGACAGUGAUGGUCGACUCCGGGCCAUCAACCCUGAGAAUGGCUUCUUUGGGGUGGCCCCUGGCACCUCUGCCACCACCAAUCCCAAUGCUAUGGCCACAAUCCAGAGUAACACCAUUUUCACCAACGUGGCUGAGACCAGCGAUGGCGGUGUGUACUGGGAGGGCAUUGAUCAGCCUCUUCCACCUGGCGUCACCGUGACCUCCUGGCUAGGCAAACCCUGGAAACCUGGUGACAAGGAGCCCUGUGCGCAUCCCAACUCUCGCUUUUGUGCCCCGGCUCGCCAGUGCCCCAUCAUAGACCCCGCCUGGGAGGCCCCAGAGGGAGUCCCCAUUGACGCCAUCAUCUUUGGAGGCCGUAGACCCAAAGGAGUCCCCCUGGUAUAUGAGGCCUUCAACUGGCGCCACGGGGUGUUUGUGGGCAGUGCCAUGCGCUCCGAGGCCACUGCAGCAGCUGAACACAAAGGGAAGGUCAUCAUGCAUGACCCAUUUGCCAUGCGGCCGUUUUUCGGCUACAACUUUGGGCGCUACCUUGAACACUGGCUGAGCAUGGACGGGCGCAAGGGGGUCCGGCUGCCCCGCAUCUUCCAUGUCAACUGGUUCCGGCGUGACGAGGCAGGCCGCUUCCUGUGGCCAGGCUUUGGAGAGAAUGCCCGGGUGCUAGACUGGAUCUGCCGACGGCUUGACGGGGAGGACAGUGCCCGAGAGACACCCAUCGGGCUGGUGCCUAAGGAAGGCGCCUUGGAUCUCAGCAGCCUGGGAGCCAUAGACACCACCCAGUUGUUCUCCCUCCCCAAGGACUUUUGGCAACAGGAGGUUCAUGACAUUCGGAGCUAUCUGACAGAGCAGGUCAACCAGGAUCUGCCCAAGGAAGUGCUGGCUGAGCUGGAGGCCCUGGAGGGACGUGUGCGCAGAAUGUGACCUGAGCCUUCAGCUAGCGAGGGGGCACAGCACCCCCUACCCCUCCUCCAACUCCCCUGAAAUAAGCCACUAGGCUUGCAGAAACUAUGAGCGACUUAACAACACUCAUCCUCUGGGUGCUGUGAGAUCAGGCCCCAGAGCUUUCCCCACAUGCUGCCUAAUAAUGAAAUGUUCAUUUAUAUAACA